GUGGGAAGCGACGCGUUAAUGCGCGGUGGAGGAUCGGACGCAACGCGCUCUUACCCUUUGGCCGACUUCCCCUUCCCCUCGACCGGAAGUUCCCCGCCGAGAGGCGAAUUUGGCGCGGAAGACGCAUCCGGGAAGAAAGAAGAAUCUGGGGAUCGAUCGGCCAAAAGCCGGCGGCCGCCUCCGAUCGAAGGGAGCCGGGCGAGAUACUCUCGACGCGACGUUUGCGAGAAGAGAGGGCGCCUGCGCGAGAGUAAGAGGAAGAGGUCCAUUCCGCCAUAGGUUUGCGGUGGGUCCGCCAUGGCGACCGUCGUUUUUUUGCUGGUCGGUCUGGAAAUAACCGGAGCCGGAAACUCCCACCUGACCGAUUUUCCGUUGAACUUAACGGAAUCCAAUUCGCCUCCCACCGUUCCGACGACGAUCGCCGUCACCGGAAGAGAGACGAUUCCCGUCACUACUACGCCCGAGACGACUCGACCGGAAACGGAAACGACCACCCUCGCCGUCUCUUCCACCGAAGCCGUCACGUGGGAGCCGAUGCGGGAGUACAGAUUUCCAAUGUGGGAUAAGACGGGAAGAUUAUGUUUAUUGGCCGAAUUUCGUGCCACGUUUACCAUUUUCUACAAAAACCGUUUGGGUGACCAGAAAGUUGUGGUCCAUCUUCCUAAAAAUCCUCACGUGAAAGGCAUAUGUGCCAGUAAUUCGCAGAAUCCUAUUUUGCAAAUGUUUUGGUCGGAAUUUUCUUAUUCUCUUAUUUUUUCUAAGUUGCCACAUAGAGAUAAAGAGGAUGGAGAAUUCUGGGGAGUGAAGUCCAUGGAACUUACCUACGACAGUGCCGGACCGCUUUUUGGCGAUGCUUCGGAUGCUGGAAAAAAGUCUGCCACGUUUCUGGAGGACGACAUCUGGCUAAAAGUACCAUUAAAUAAAUCCUAUUACUGUAAAUCUCCCGAACCCCUCUAUCUGUACGAUAGUAAAAAAGAAAAGACUGUGAUGGUAGUUCUCGACGACGUUCAAAUUCAGCCUUACGGCAUCGUAAACGGACAGUUCUCGGAAGCUCAUCAGUGCAGCGAGGCGACCGUAGAAAGCCGUUCUCAGAUUGUGAAUCGAGACGAAACGGUUCCGAUGGCCGUGGGAAGCACUUUUGCCAUUCUCACGCUCAUCGGAGUCAGCGGAUACGCCGCGUACCGAACGAUGACGGCCCGGAGAGUGGACUACAGCACCAUGGAGUGAAAUGCGCGGCAUCGCUUUGGUGGAGAUCGAACCAAAUUGCAACAACGAAAAGUUUUCUUAAUUUGUAAUCGUUUGUUAAAAUAUUCGAUUUUCUUCAUAAAUUCAAUACCAUUUAUAGGAUUAGUGUCUGUCGGUGUUUGUGGAUCUGCAUUUCACGAUCGCAGUUACGAUUACUGUAUCCAUUUACUGAUUCGAUCUUAUAAGUUUGUGGAAUUAAGCAUUACAGCCUUACAAUUUGAAUAUUGUUGUUGUUGUUAGAAGUGUAUAAAAUUUUUUGACAUCAAAUUAAUAAGGACAAUGCGAUAAUUUAGCAACCAAUGCAUAUUUUGAGAAUACAUCAAAAGAGAAAUCUCAAAAAUUAGAAUUUCCAUUCGUCUAAAGAAUAUUGACACACGUUCAGUAUUAGGUGCAAUCCACAUUGGAUAUUUAGCAUAUUUAUGCACAAUAUAGAGUUAAUUUAACACACACAAUUAUUAGACCCGUUUCUAAAAAAGGAAGUUUCACAUCAUAUCAGAACGAUAGAAAUCUUUUAAGCAAUAGGUAAAUAAUUUCUCUCUGUUACCAAUUCUGACGGUUUCCACGAAUAGUUUCUCUUGUUUCAGAAUGAUAGAUUUGAUUAGAAAUAUUCAAAACAAAGAUUAGAUCUCUGACCUUAUUAAUCAGAGCAACUAUUUAUGCUUCUGCGAGAGAGAGCAUAACAAAGUGCCGCAGCAGGCAGCCACCGUCGGUCUCCGCAUCUCUGUAGUCGGACGACGGGAGGGACGUCGGAAUUUUCGACCGGAGCGAGAGAGAGAUUCCGGCACCUCUCAUCACAUAAUGCAAAUCCUCUAUCACGCAUGACAAAAUUUAAAAAGUGAUUAUGCAAAAUAUUUCUUAAUAUAUAAUUUGAUGUCAGUGCCUUUCAGCUGAUUGAGUAGCAAUAAGCUUCAGAUCGAAACAGGUUAAUUUAUUAAACCGAAAUGUAUUCUGUAAUAUCAUUUUUCUAACUAGAACCUGUUUUACAUAAAAAUAAUAAUAAAAAAAUAACUAAGAUUGCAUAUCUAUCAAACACCAAAAUGUUGCACUUAUAAAAUAUUUUGCAGUCAAUAAAAAUCCAGGCACAAAAUUACAAGGUGUGCCAAUUAGAAAAAUGCUGAAGUUUAUUUCAUAAUAUGGACUUUUCUUAUAGACAAUUAGAAAGAUUCAAAUGUUGCAAAUAAUAAUCAAAAAUUAUUUUUUAUAGUGACAAUGUUUAGAACAAAUCUUGUGAUAAAUUCUUCUCUAAAUAGCAACCAACAAGCUAUUUAGAGAAGAGUUAAUUACAGCUUAUGGAUCAUAUAUAUUUCCAUUUAUUUAGGUUAAAAUCUGGAUUUUAACUGAUAAUACCCACUUAAGCUAUAUAUUUUUCUCUUUAAUUAAUCUUAUGAUUUUACUACUAAUUAGAAUUAGUCAGCUAAAUUUUAAUAUUAAAUGAGUUUAUCAAAUAAGCCCAUUUGGUAAUAAAAACAGUUGUUAUAUUUAUUGACAAUACAAAAAUAUCACAACAUAUCCUGUAUUUUGCACCAAAAUAAUAAAGUCGUGCUACUCCUUUAUCUAAAAACGUUACGGAUAAUGGUAUAUUUCGUAAAAACUGUCUCAUAUUACGAUCUGCCUUCUAUUUACGAUACAUAUCCUUAAUUGAGUCGAUCAGUUAGUGAUCGCUAGAACGUGACUUUUUUUAUUACGGUUGAUUGUCUAUCGGAGUGCCUACGUGUAUACGUGUACUUGAGAAAUUCGAUCGUAGUGCUAAUUAAGGAAUCAGAAUUUGAUUUUUUUGAAUUUUCCUAGUCUAAAUAUUAAUAAAUGAGUUUAUUCCUUUAUGGUUAUGAUUGUCGUCGAGGCUGUUUACAAAUUAAAAAUGGAUAAAUGUGUCUUACGGAUCAUGUGAUUUUCAAUUGUUUUACAUGUAUAUCAUUUUUCUGAAAUUAAAUGUAUUUCUUGUAAAAA